CAAACCAAUGACAUUCAUCUCUCAAGUCUAGAUGAGGAAGAUGUUCAAAGGAGGAAGAAAAUUAACUGGGGAACAUUGUCUCUUGUUAACUUGUUAAUUAGAGAAGCAGAACUGAUUACAGAGAGGAGUGUAGCUAAACUAUUCUCGCCAGAUUCUUGUGAAUCAAACAGAGCUAAAAUCGGUGUCAAAGAUCGGAGAAAUUACAAUAGGAGUGGUCGCGAGGACUAUGCAGCUUCUUGUGUGUUUGUUUACACUCGUGAUUCAGCACCACCUACAGAAAACACAAGCCUGUGGCGGUGUUUACACCUCACCCAGUGGCUCCAUCUCGUCCCCGCUGUACCCCAGUCAGUACCCACCUAAUGAAGACUGUAUCCACAUCAUCAACACAACACAGGGCCAUCGCAUUACCUUGACUUUCGUUACAUUUGAAAUUGAGGCUGCACCCGAUGACUGCAAGUUGGACUAUUUGCAGAUCCGGGAUGGAAGCUCCGAGCUGUCACCGUCUAUGGGUAUCUUCUGUAACACGAGUGUUCCGGACAGAGUGAGGUCCACGUCUAACACCAUGUGGAUCAGAUUCCGGUCUGGCUCACAGUCAGGCACUGGCUUCAAUGCAACUUACUCAUCAGCAAUCAUUCCACACAAGUUUCUCCUUGUCACUGACACUGAUAACGGCAUCCGUCGCAUAGACAUCGACACGGGAAGUAAUGUUACAAUCCGUCCUGAUGGUCUACAGGACCCAUUUGGUAUUGACUACGAUCCAGUAGACGGUCGUGUCUAUUGGUCAAAUCAACAGGACGGGACCAUUCGAUCCGCUAACCUUGAUGGCAGCGAUGCUCGGCUGGUUCACAAUAUAAGUCAAGGAGGUUUUCUAUCGGGCCUUUCGUUGGACUCUGUGUCGAGGCUACUAUUCUACGCCGACCCUAGGAACAAGGUCAUCGGAAUGAUAUCACUGGACAACAACAGUCAUCAUAUUGUCGUCGAUUCAGACAUUGGUUAUCCUAUAGACGUCGAGCUGGACAAACACAAUUGUGUCAUCUACUGGAGUGACUACAGCAGCAAUAAAAUAGAGAGGUGUAACUAUGACGGCUCGGACCGUCAGACAUUUAUUUCCUCCAUCGCGCAUCUUAAAAAUCCAACUGGUCUUGCUUUGGACACAGAAGGGAGGAGACUUUACUGGGCAGAUGUAGGUACACAGCUGAUAGGAUGGACGGAUCUGGACGACAGAAAUACUGGAGUUUAUUUACAGCAGGGCUCGUAUUUUACGGGCCUGGAUAUCUACAACACUGACUUGUUUGUCGCGGACUGGGAACCUGAACAAGCGUAUGCAGAAACAACACACAUCUAUCGCAUUGGCAAAAAUGGAAGAAUAAGGGAGACUGUACAAGUUAAAGGGAGAGUAAACGAUGUUCGGGUCUAUGCGGAAGAAAGAAUACAUAAAGAAGCUGCGUCAGUGUAUACUGCUCCUUACAGAAAACAUUUGUGUACAGCAAUAGCUUUGUUAACCAAGUAGAUGGGAUCAUCGCAGACAGUCCAUCAACUUCAUUUGCCUCAUCAAAUUCUGUUGAGCUGGUGGAAAACAAAGUGGCAGACAGUUCACAAAGUUUGUAACAAUAUGUUAGCUAACUAUUGUGCACAUGAACAAAUAAAGUAACUGUUCAUGAAGAAUUUUAGUCAAUAACCAAAACACCUGAUAUUUCUAUAUUUACUAUAUGCUGCACCUCGUGAUUUGUGGAUGUAUUACUGAUAUAUUUCUUUAAAUUGACCUCUAACAUAACAAUUAAGGAGUAAAAUUUUUAAUAAGGAUUUUUUCACACACAUACACAAAAGUACAGUAGAAUGCUAAAUUAUAUGAACUUUUGUAUUUUCCCCCACAUUUUACCCUUUUUUGUAAACCUGUUAGCUGACAAUGUAUCAAAACAGAUAGCAUUUGAUUAAUGAUAAUUUUAAAGAAUAAGAA